UGUUCAACUCGUGCUACGCUGCACGUUCCCUCUCGAGGGCUCUUGGUCGAGAAGUUCAAAUUAGAUUGGCUUUAACGAGAGUGUGCGGCUCCGUCUGACUGGAAAGGAGAAGGAUAGAUAUCUCGGUGAUUUAUGGCAGGGUUCGGAAGAGACUUUGAGGACAGGAAGACGAAUAACAGUAGAAUGGGUCUGGGUGUCUUCAGAGUCCUUGCAUUGUGCGUGGCUGGGCUGUCAGCUGUCUGCGAUGCCAUCGACGAGAACUCCACCUAUUGGCAGGAGAGACAGCAGGUGCUAGCCAGUGAACAGAUAACCAUUAUGGGCCAAGACCAGAUCCUAAACGCGGACGAGCAAGCAGUCAACGAAUUCCUGAUGGAGAGAAAAAUGGCAGAGAUGGACGCCUCCUUCAGCAGCCUCCAUUACCUCCCAUCCAAAAAUUUCCUCCUCGUCCGAGAGGAGAUUGAACAGACCGAUGUUUUUAAAUUCCUCAAACUAAUGCCGAAAGGGGCGGCACUACACCUCCACGACACAGCCAUGGCCACAGUGAGCUGGGUUGUCUCGGAGAUCUCGUACUGGGAAAACCUCUACAUGUGUUGCGUUGCAGGGGACCAGCUCCUCCUCAAGUUCAUGGCUGUACCAGACACGUCGUGCAACUGGACACUAGUGAGUGACAAAAGAGCGUCGUACUCUUCCGCGGAAGAAUUUGACAGAGAGCUUCUCGGCAGACUGUCCCUAGUCCUGGACGAUCCAGUGGAGAAGUUUCCAGACAUCAAUGCUGUCUGGAAAGCCUUUGAGAGCACGCUCAUUGCCAUGACUGGGAUGGUGAUGUACAGGCCUGCCUGGGAGGCAUAUCUUUACCACGCCCUGCUCGAGUUCAUGGAAGAUAAUGUACUUCACGUGGAGUUCAGGGGUACUCUGCCUAGAUUGUAUGAACUUGAUGGCACUGAGCUGACCGAGGAAGAAUCUCUUCAGGUUUACGAAAAAGUAAGUCAGAAGUUCCUCUCGGAUCACCCCACGACGUAUUUUGGGACUCGGUACAUCUAUGCUCCUUUGAGAAGAGUGGACAAUAUUUCUACCAUCUGGGAUUACGUCAACUUGGCUAAGAGGUUGCAGCAAGUGUGUCCGAAUUACCUCGCUGGCUUCGACUUGGUCGGACAGGAAGACUUAGGACUGCCCCUGAAAGAUAUCUUGGAUCCGCUGCUCACGCUAUCCGAAGGCGAAGUCAAGGUCCCCGUGUUUUAUCACGCUGGCGAAACCGCUUGGAUGGGCAUGAGCCCUGACGAGAACCUGAUAGAUGCCCUGCUGCUGAAUGCGACAAGGAUCGGGCAUGGGUAUGCCAUCACAAAACACCCCGGGGCUAAGCAACUAGCCCUGGACAGGGACGUUCCGCUUGAAGUAUGCCCUGUUUCCAAUCAGGUACUGAUGCUCAUCGCUGAUCUCCGAAACCAUCCUGUUUCCGGGUUGAUUUCCGAGGGAUUCCCGAUCGUCGUUUCGGCCGAUGACCCCAGCACCUGGGGUGCCGUGGCACUCUCGUACGAUUUUUACGAAGCCUUCAUGGCCCUCGCAGGCGCCAAAGCUGAUCUGAGGUUCUUGAAACAACUUGCCAUUAAUUCAAUAAAAUACAGCGGCCUCGACAACGACAACAAAGAGGAACUCAUGAAUAUGUGGCAGCAGGAAUGGGACGCUUUCAUAGAAGAAAUGAAGAGGCUCACCAGCAGCCACGGAAGAACUAUCAAUCCCACUUUCACUUGCGUCAGCUCUACCUCCCAGCCGGGUUUUUAACGGCUUCGCAUUGUUGUAUAGAAUCAAUCUCUCAUUCUCGGGUGGUUUGAAUUAAAAGAAAAUUGCUUUUCAAAUUAUCUUCAAGAAGAUAAUAUCUUGCUGUGUAAAUAGGCCCCGUUCACACUGACGAACUUGCUCGACGAACUUUGCUCGAUGUGACGUCAGAAGCGCAGCUACAGCGGGAAAAGUCCUGACUUCCUGCUGACGUCACAAAGAACACAAUUCGUCGAGCAAAGCUCGGGAGCGUGCGGACGGAGCCUUUUACGAUCAUCUUGUCAAAAAUUAGUGUUCUUGAUAAUGAGUAUUGGCCUUAUAUACUAGUGAUUUAUAUCGGUGGCAUAAAAAUGUGUAAUUCCAGAUCCAAACUCAUUCCAGAUAUCUUUCAGGAAUUAUUAUUAUAUAACAUUUAAUUUAUUAAUACUUCUCGACAACCAAGGGCCUUAUUUAAUGAAACUGCAUUUUCAGAACAGGGAAAUAAAUGUAGAACCCUC